CUGACGCAACAAUAGUCAGUAUCGUCACAUAACUGACCACUUUAAUUUAUACCAUACGUUUUAUCUGUCCUAAGGUUCCUUUUCUGUUCUGUGUUUCCGAGAAUUGUGGCUUGCACGUUUUGUGGAGAUAAAAAGUCACAAUGCAAAUUUUUGUGAAAACUCUCACGGGGAAAACUAUUACCCUUGAGGUUGAACCUUCCGAUACUAUAGAAAAUGUGAAAGCUAAAAUCCAAGACAAAGAGGGCAUUCCUCCCGACCAGCAGCGCCUGAUUUUCGCCGGAAAGCAGCUUGAAGACGGACGAACCCUUUCUGAUUACAACAUUCAGAAAGAAUCAACUCUGCAUUUAGUUUUGCGUCUGAGAGGUGGAAUCAUUGAACCUUCUCUACGUUUGUUGGCCCAGAAAUACAAUUGCGAUAAGAUGAUCUGUCGAAAAUGCUAUGCCAGGCUUCAUUCUCGUGCUACAAAUUGUCGUAAAACUAAGUGUGGCCACACCAAUAAUCUCCGCCCCAAGAAGAAGCUAAAGUAGAAUUGUUUCUUAUAUUUAAUAAUAUAUGAAUUAGCUUCAUUGUAAAAUGAACCUAUUGUUCUAAAUAUAAAAUUCCUUGGAAGAAA